GGCGCUUGUGCUACUUAGUGUAAGUUCGUCUAUAUCAAUGGAAGAAGAAAUUAGGUUAGGUUAGGUUGGGUUAGGUACGCUACGAGGCAACACGUGGUCCAUGCCGUCCAUGGCGUCCAUAGCUCUGGGAUAGAGGAAACAUGCUGUCUCCGGAGGCGUGGAAUUUCCAUACGCCGUCGCCCUACACCUCCUUGGGGACGGUGGAUUAUAGGAAGGACGUGCCCGCGGUAGUCAAGACCCAUUACUACAAUCAUUCGGUGUCUGUGGUACUUCCCGACUCCGCGACUGUGCCUCAAAGGUUACGGGACUGCCUGUCGGAGGACACGAGUUACUACCGAAUAAACCAGCUGCGCGCCAGUGACCUCGUAAACGCCGAGUUCAUCGAGGCCUUUGUUAAGAAGGGAGAGAUCAAUCUCAUGGCGAUAGAGACUAAAAUAGACUUGCAGAAUUCCAUUUGUCUAACUCCGACUGGAUGCUUGAUACUCUCUUUGCUGGCAGAUGAUUACAAUGCACUUGGUUUAGACGGGACACCCUCUGUCUUCGGCCGCAAACCUCACACACGCUACAUAGUGAGGAUCGAUUUAAAAGACGAAAAUUUCAUUCCUGGUAAAAAGAAAUACGAAAGUGUUCGAACAGCAUUGGAAGAACGACUCAAACAGACGUUUGAUGUUAUAGUAUCGUGGGAUUCUCCAGGCGUCAGCGUGUGUCCGUCGUCUGUAGCAGCGUGGUUUCACGAGCGCAAGUACGUCGUCCGUGUCUGCUGUCAGAAACUUUUCCAUAGGACGAAAUAUUCGGUAGAGGUUCCUACUUACAAAGACAAAGGCAAUGAGUGUGACAAGAACUUCUUCGAAUGGCUUGGCGUCUUCAGCAUCGAAGGCGAUAUAUCUGAAGGAGACGAGGACUAUGCAAACACAUACCAGUGUUCCUUGCCUUCCGUACAUAUCGGACAGGUGCAAUAUUUACAAUGGACUGGAUUCUUUUCGCGGAAGAAGAUACAAGAAGUGUAUAAUGUGUUAAAAAAAUAUGUAUUAUCGCGAAAAAGUUUACUGUGGGUUAGCUUGGACGUACAAGGAUUUGCGGACAGUCCUAUUAGUUUCGAUUUGAAAGAGCACACAUUUUACACUGACGGAGACAACAGUUACACUAUUGUAUUUCGAAAUAACGGUGAAGCUGUUGUACGAGGAAACUUAAGUUCUAAUAAAAGAUAAGAUAUCAUAUA